AUGCAAGGGGACGAAUCGGCAACGACGCCAACGUCGGGAGCAGCCUCUGAUGAUGCAGUACGACGGUUUCGAAGUCCCGGCACGUUCGAUCCGGAGAAGGAGGACUGGAAGCUCUAUGAGAUUCGGUUCCAGGCAGCGCUUCAAGUAGCAAGGGUCAUCAACAACAACAACAACAACUUUAUUUUCGGUCUUGGAGAUCCGGACGUUUUUAAACGACUCUACAACUUGCUGCAGCCUCGGACCGUCACAGAGGUACCUUUCAAAGACAUUACGGCCGUGUUAUCUGAACAUUUCACGCCAAAGUGCUACAGAGAAUUUGAGAGGUCCAAGCUCUUCUCCGCACGUCAGCAAGAGGGCGAACCCGUCAAAGACUUCGUUCAGCGCUUGUCUGCAGUAAUUUCCCGUUGCGAAUACGAAACGGAAACAGAUGUCAGAGCCUGUUCCUUACUAACUGCCUUUAUUGUGGGUCUCCGUGAUCAACGCAUUCGCGCCCGGCUCGUCCUCGAGAAGAGUCUAACUUUGGACACAGCGAUUCGGCUGGCUGAAAGCUCUUUGGCCGCAGAGGCUGAAUCGAAGCAGUUGCAUGCGGGGACGGCCGUGCACAAGGUUACAUCCAGGAAUGCCAGCAAGGAGUCUUGUUUCAGGUGUGGAAAUUCCAACCACCUCCAGGAAUCUUGCAGAUUUCGUAACGAAGAGUGUCACGCUUGUGGGAAGAUUGGCCAUAUUGCAAAGAUGUGCCGUACAUCCCAGCCACAGGCAAAACACAAGAAAGGCAAGAGGGUCCGCAAGGUGAAGCUUGUGACGGACGUGUUCCUUGCCGAUGAAGAGGACGGGAAGUUCCUUACUUGCAAGAUCAAGGACAAGCAGAUCGUUUUACAAGUGGAUACUGGUUCCCGUGCCACGCUUCUGGAUGAUCGGACGUACAAGAAAUUGGGCGAGCCAAGGCUACAUCCCUCUCCAGUCCGUCUACGCGCCUUCAACAAGAAUGAAAUUCCGCUUCGUGGGGCGGCAGACCUCCAUGUCUCCAUCGAUGGAAGAGAAGAAACCCUACCAGUUAUCUUCACCAAGAUGGAGCACACUAAUCUCCUUGGGCGAGAGCGGAUACGCAAGCUAGGCAUCAAUCUCAACGAGCUGUUUGUUGGUUCCAUUAGCUCAAUCGCUGCGUUGGACGAGAUUCUGGGGGCGUACGAAGAUCUUUUUCGUAAUCAGCUCGGUAGAUGUACCAAGACCUUGGUUCAUCUCCAUCUCAAAAACGACGCUCAGCCAAAGUUUUUCAAGCCACGACCGAUUCCUUUUGCGACUCGUGAGGCAGUACAAGCUGACCUACAACGUCAGAUUGAGAUCGCGCAGUAUCCUUUGCCGCGAACGGAAGAGCUGUUGGCAGUGCUAAAUGGAGGCCAGAAGUUCACCAAAUUGGACUUGUCUGAGGCGUACCUCCAGAUGGAGUUAGAUGACGAAGCGAAGAGGAUAUUGGUAAUCAACACGCACAAAGGUUUAUAUCGGUUCAAUCGAAUGCCGUUUGGCAUCGCAUCUGCCCCUGCCGUGUUUCAGCGCACAAUGGAGCAAGUGAUUGCCGGAAUUCCGUCUGUCGCUUGCUAUCUGGACGACAUAAUUGUCACUGGCAAGAACGACAUGGAGCAUCUCAAGAACUUUGAGCAAGUCUUAGAGCGCCUUCGACAGUUUGGUUUCACACUGAAGAAGGAGAAGUGUGCCUUCAUGCAGCACCAGGUGGAAUACUUGGGACAUGUUGUUACAGCGGAGGGAUUUCGACCAUCUGCCAAGAAGGUGUCGGCAAUUUUGAACAUGCCUCCUCCCACGCAAGUGUCAGAGUUACGGGCGUUUCUCGGCAUGAUUCAGCACUACGCAAAGUAUUUGCCCUCGUUGGCGGACGCCUGCGCUCCGCUUAACAAUUUACUCAGGAAAUCUGUGCCAUGGCAAUGGUCGGCGUCUUGCGUGGAUGCGUUUGAGGCAUUCAAGAAGAUGCUCACUUCUGCCCAAAUUCUCACACACUACGAUCCGCGCAAGGAGAUCUUCCUGGCCGUGGAUGCUUUUUCCAAGGGGCUUGGUGCUGUCAUCUACCAUCGUAUUAACGGCCAAGAUCGACCGAUUGCACAUGCAUCAAAGACAUUGACACCAGCUGAGACCAAAUACGCUCAGAUAGAGCGGGAAGCCCUCGCCAUUAUCUUUGGGGUCAAGAAGUUUCACCAAUAUCUGUGGGGGCGAAGGUUUACGCUUUUCACAGACCACAAGCCUUUAACGGUGAUUUUCGGGUCUAAAAAAGGCAUUCCCGUUACUACAGCAAGUCGUCUACAGCGGUGGGCAAUCAUCCUCAUGAGCUAUUCGUUUGAUAUACAAUUCAAGUCUACGAACAACAUCGCCAAUGCUGAUGGACUAUCCAGGCUUCCAGAGGGCCCCGAUUUGACGUUUGAUGACCAAAUGCAGCGAGGAAUUUUCAACGUCGAGGACGAAGAGAUUAACGCGGUACACGACUUUCAUAUGUCUACUCUGCCAGUCACCGCUAAGCAUAUCGCAGACGCCACUCAGAAAGAUCACUGCUUGGUGCAAGUCUUGGAGUUUAUUGUCAAUGGCUGGCCAAAGAAUCCGGAGCCACAGUUUGCCAUAUAUUUUCAGAAGCGAACUGAGCUGACAUCUCACAGAGGAUGUGUCCUUUGGGGACUACGCACCGUGAUUCCGGAGAAGUAUCGAGCGGAUUUGCUGGACACUCUACAUGAUUGUCAUGUUGGACAGACCAAAAUGAAAAUGCUCGCCCGCUCAUACUUGUGGUGGCCAGGUCUUGACAAGGAUAUUGAAGCAAGGGUGCGACGUUGCGAUCAAUGUGCAUCCGUCGCGGCACAAGAAUCUCCGGUGCCACUUCAUCAGUGGGAGUCACCAGAGAAGCCCUGGUGUCGACUGCAUGCUGAUUUUGCAGAGCUGCAUGGGAAUAAUUAUUUUGUCUUAGUAGACGCUUUCAGCAAGUGGCCAGAAGUGGUACGCAUGGUGUCUACCACAGCAAUCAAGACUAUCGAGGUGUUGAAAGACAUCUUUCUUCACAAUGGUCUUCCCGAGGUACUGGUGUCGGACAAUGGCCCUCCUUUCACCAGUCAACUUUUCGAACGUUUCUUGUCGGAACAAGGAAUUCAUCAUGUUCGGACACCUCCAUAUCAUCCGAAGUCGAACGGACAAGCAGAGAACUUUGUCCGAACUUUAAAAGCUGCGCUGUCCCGUUCAAGCGUGGAGGACAGGGAGGUUUUGAGAAGUUUUGUUUUCAAAUACCGGGUAACCCCACAUGCGUCGACAGGCCGUCCACCAUGUGAGUUACUCAACAAUCGGCAUUAUCGGUCCGUGCUGGAUCUUGUACGGCCCGCUGGUCCGUCCUCAUCUCCUCCUGCAACAGACGUCGCCGCUAAGGAACGUCAGAAGCGAUGUCACGACAAACGAGCACGAGACAGAUCUUUUGGGUCCAACACGUGUGUCUGGAUGCAUGACCCGCACAAGAAGGGACACUGGAGUAGUGCGACCAUUGUGGGCCAGGAGGGGAAGGUUAUAUUCCGAGUGCGAGACGCUGAGGGUAAGAUGCAUCGCGUACAUAAAGAUCAUCUGAAGCAAAGGGGAAGUCUUCAAUCCUCGGAGGACGAACUUCCUAGGGCAUCGCCUGCCUCUUGUCUCUCACCAGACUGCCUCUUGCCAUUCCCAGAAGUCGAUGACACCUUCACCUCCUGUGGCGACAACCAGACAUCAGCUGAACCGUCUCCCGUUUUCAGGCCAACAUCGGCACCAGGAAACGAAGCAACGGGACCGGACAGCAGUGUACGCCGCUACCCCUUACGGGAUCGUCAUCCUGUCAACCGCUACGGCUCGAUCUAA